AUGGCUGAUCUACGUUAUUUUUGUCAAUCAAUACCAAAAAUUGAACUUCAUGCACAUUUAAAUGGAUGUAUUCGCUCAUCAACAUUUCGUCAACUACUUACAUCAUCUGAUGAUCAAAUACGUCUUGAUACACUUGAUAAGAAUUUUUCUUCCGGUGAUACACAUUCAAGAAUGGCGAAUGUUUUCGAAAAAUUUGCUUUACUUCGUUCAUGUGUUACAAAUUUAGAUGAUAUUCGUCGUAUUACACGUGAAACAUUAGAAGAUUUUAUUGAUGAUAAUGUUAUGUAUGUUGAACUUCGAACACGCCCACGUUCUUUUGAUAAUGGAAAAAUUCCAUCAUCAAAUUAUAUUGAAGCAAUUAUUGAAAUAAUAAGAGAAUAUGAAGAAAAAAUUUGUUCACGUUUAAUAUUAAGUAUUGAUAGAACACAAACAUUAGAACAAGCUAUGGAAACAUUAAAACUAGCUGAAAAAUAUCGUACAUAUGUUGUUGGUUUAGAUUUAUCUGGUGAUCCAAAUAUAAAAUCAUUUGAACGUUUUCUUCCUGUAUUUAAUUUAGCAAAAGAUAGAAAUUUAUCAACAACAAUACAUAUCGGUGAAUUACCUGAUGAAGAAUGUUUAAAUGAAAAUAAUUUAAUAAUUAAUUAUAAACCAACACGUCUUGGUCAUUUUAAUUUUCGUACAAAUGAGCAAGAACAACGUGUUAUAAAAGAAAAAAUUCCACUUGAAUUAUGUCCUACAUCUAAUUUAUUAACGAUGAAAUUAACAAAUUUAACUGAACAUCAUUUUAAUUUAUUUUAUAAAAAUAAACAUCCAUUAGCAAUAUGUACAGAUGAUAGUGGUUUAAUGAAUUGUUGUUUAUCAUCAGAAAUAUUUGAUUUAGUACAAACAUUUAAUUUAACAAAACAAGAAAUCUAUGAUUUUAUGUUACAAACAUGUAAUCUUAUUUUUGAUAAAAAUAUGAUUGACUUUUGUCAAAAAAAAUUAAAGGAAUUUUUUUUAAAACAAUGA